AUGGCGACGACAAUCGACGUUGACGCCAUCAAGAAGCGAUCAUGGAGUGUGACCAGCAGCUACACUCCCAACAACAUCAUCACCUACAACAUCGCGCUAGGCGUCAAGGGCACCGACCUGUCGCGAUGCUUUGAAGCACAUCCAGACUUCGCGGCCAUGCCGACGUUCGCCACGCUCCCCGUGAUCUCUGUCAUGCGUGAAGUCACGUACGGGAUGAUGGAGUUCCUGCCAAACUUCCAGGCACACAACCACGUCCACGGCGAGCACUAUCUGGAGAUGAAAGGCACGUUUCCCAAACAGGCGACGUUAAACACCACUGCCCGAGUGGUGGAUAUUGUGGAUCGCCGCAGCGGCGUCACCGUGGCCGUGGGCAUCACCACCGUUGACGCCGCCACCGGCUUGGAGAUAUGCUACAGCGAGUGGACAUCGUUUGUCAUGAAAGUCCCCGGAGCAGGGGCAUCCACGAAACCCAUACCGCGCGGUGCAGCCACGGCGACGCACCCGACGCCCACAGAUCGCAAACCGGACGCGGUGGUGGAAUACAAAACCUCGCCGGAGCAGGGGGCCCUGUACCGCGCCGCCUCGGGAGACUUGAACCCCUUACACAUCGACCCCGCGGUGGCCAAAGCAGGUGGUUUCCCGGGCCCGAUCCUGACCGGGACCUGCACGGUGGGGAUGGGCGUGUUGCACAUCAUCGACACGUUCGCCGGGGGGGAUUUCAGUCGGUUCCAGAACGUGAAGCUGAGGUUGAGUAAGCCUGUGUUUCCCGGCGAGGUGGUGAGAACUGAGAUGUGGCGGGAGGAUGGAGGAAGGAAGAUUGUGUAUAGACAGCUUGCUGGGGAUCGGGUGGUGAUCUCGCAGGCAGCGGUUGAGCUGAGAGAUGCUUCUUCGCCGCUGAAGGCGAGGCUGUCAUAG